AUGUUCCACAAGAAGUGCCAACGAUGGUUCACGAAAUUCCGUACUAGUGAUUUUGACCUCAACGACGCUCCUCGGUCAGAGAGGCUCACCGAGGUUGAUGACGACAAAAUAAAGGCAUUGAUCGAGUCAAAGCCACGUUAUACGACACGAGAGAUUGCAGAAACAUUGAACAUCCAUUAUUCAAGCGUUCACCUGAAGAAAUUGGGAUACCAACUGAUAAUUGGUGAUGAGAAGUGGAUUGUUUACAACAAUACGGUGCACAAACGGUCUUGGUCCCAACGUGAUGAUUCGCCUCAAAUGACAUUAAAAGCAAAUAUUCAUCAGAGGAAGAUUAUGCUCUCAGUGUGA